GGACAACACUAAAGCGUCGUAAUCCGUGUCCUGGUAUUGGUGAGGAUGGUUCUCCAGCCAUAUAGAUGCCAGAAUUUGAAGAAAAUUUGAAUUGGUUGCUAUGACGACGUUAAUACGUGAAAAGUGCGUGCCAUAAAGAAUAUCGCUGUUGGGCAGUAGCUGAUGAGAGGCAGGUGUGAAGGGGUGCUGCUGCCGCUGCCGCGUGCCUCUGAUGGCCAGUACUCUCUCGGACGACUCUCUGUGGAGACGAAACAGCAAACUCGAAACAUUCCUUAAAAGAAGCCUUGAGCGAGAUGCCUACGAGCGGAUACGAGCUUAUGAGCCAUGCGUGGUUGUCUCGGAGACACUUAACAAAGUGUUUAUGCACGUGGUGCUGAGCGAUGAGUGCAUCUAUCUGACCGAACACUCGCCACGCACCCUGCAGCAGGCUGUCCACUUCACACACAUCUUGGACAUAGAGCUGAUCAAUGAUCUCCCAGACUUUCUCAGAGGCAGAGAACGAGACCAGUCACUUCACAUACGCAUUGUCCACACUAGUGCAAAGGAUACUGGGAAAAGAAACAUAAAUUCUGUGAAGCCUCAAACUAUUGCCUCAUCCAUUCAGCAGUUCAACUAUGGAGUCAGUUCCUCAAUGGAAGGAAUAAGCAGUGUUCUUUUGUCCACACAUUUGGCUCCAUCUGAAAACACUAGCUGGAGAGUUUCCCAGUCAUCAAAGAGGGGUGAUGACUGUGGCAAGGGCAUUAGAAAGAGCCGUUCCGCAUCCUGUCCUGCUUACCCAUCCAACUUGCGCCUGGCCCUACCUCAGGCCUUAGUACAGCCCCAGAUCAGCCCUGACAUAAAUCCACUAUCAGGGGUCACUGCAACACAGCUAUGGCCCCUUACUGCCAGCUGUAGGAGUUCUGUCCUGGGCAGGCAAAUGAAGACACAGGAGGAUUUGAAAGAGGAGGAGGAGAAGAAAGAGGCAGAGCUUCAUUUGUAUGCUGUGUCACUCACUUCACGAAUAUAUCUCCAAUUGCAGAGCUCCUGGAACAGCUAUAUCAUGAGAUCCACACUGACGCUGGACUCUGUGUACAUGAAGACAUGCAGUGUGUCAAGCCCCUCGCCCAAGAAACAGACGCAGCAUAAAAGCAGUGGGGAGCGGACAUCUCACCUGUUUAGCCAGCUGAUUGGGGAGCUGUUACAGGAAAAGAUUAGCCUAGAGAGUCUCUACCUGCUGCUACAGGAGCUCUUCACUGCCGCUCACCGAAACCCUUCCAUCAAAAAGUUUUUUUGGAGGUGCCCUGAGCUGUAUCCGUUCCUGGUGAAGACAUUGGAAGAGAACUCGCAGCUCUCUCAGGAAGGACUAAACACCAUAGACAGACUACUGCUUAGCACGUUAGUGGUUCAGACAUUGAGUGUGAUGUUCCGUGAGACGGAGCUUGAACCUGCUCGCCUUAGCAUGCUGACAUCCAAGCAGGGAGGUGUCACAGCAGCCAUGCUCUUAGCUUUGGUGUGUGAUCCAGAGCUGCGGCCGUCACGCACUGCACAACUGCCCAGUAGCCAAACUCCAUCAUACACAGAGGCUUUACAAGCAGAGUAUCUGGAUGCUGCGUCUGUUUUGCUAUUUGAGGUGGUAAUGUUCUGUCUGGAUGCAAGUCGCACCCCACACCCAGGACACUUCCUGACUGUGAGCUGGGUUUUUAGAACCCUUAAAUCACACCCUUUCUUACCACACUUUAUGGGUUACCAGGCUAAGCAGGUAGUUCUGGUGCUGUCAGAUUCAAAGUCUCCUCUUAACCCGUCUCAGGCGGUCCUCUUGUACCAGCGGUGCCAUGUACUGCUGGCCUGCCUGCACUACAGCACUUACCUGAGCACCCACAUCACAUCGGAAUUCCAAGAGGAGUUUAGGUAUUAUGUGAAAAUAUCAGGGCUGGAGGACAAGUUACCCCCUCAUUAUCCUAUCAGUUUGCCAGCACGGCACCUCAUCUCCCAGCUGCUCAGCCUGAUGCUUCACAGGCCCUAAACAUGUCUCCUGUUGCUGAUUGCUUUCACCACUGAUCUUGCAUGGUUUACAUCAGGGGAGCACAACUCAGGCACAGUUUGGUGCUUUACCUACUUAAACAUGCUUGAUUCAACUUGUCUGUUAAUUCCCGGGUUUAGUAGGUGUGUUUAUGUAGGGGAAACACAAAACUGUGCUGGACCAUCCAGGAUUGGAGUUUGCCCCCUUGUUUACAGCCUUCUCUCUCGCUCAAACACACACACACAUAGAGAGCAUAAUCUGUGCUUUUAUGAACACAUUUAUUAUAAAUUGUUCUCCGGAACUGUAUUCCUUUAAAGAUAUCCAUUUCACCAACACUUGCUUUUGGGUCGUAGUGUGGCUUGCAUAAUGGAAGGUUGCUCUACAGAAUGCCUUUCUUUGACAAUGCAAUGACAUCCAAGAAGUGAAGAAUUCACUCUGAAUUAAGUACAUUACACCAAAAAGGCAUUAUCUAGUAAGCUGUAGCAAUUUUACAAGUUUUUCUUUCACUUGCUAUGCAAACUGAGAAGCUAUAUAUUACCUGAUAGCGUAAUUAUUGUUUAAUUGCACUUAAAUUACAGCUUUAGAAUAAGUACAUCUUACAUUUUUUGUCUACUGAUGUUCUUCCUAAUGGCGUCUGUCUGUCAAUCUGUUGGUUCAAGAAAGUUUUAAAUAAUGCGGUUUCAUUUAUUAUUGUUGUAAGCAAGGUUGCCUGUUGCUAUACUCUUUAUUUGUUCUGUCUAACUCUGUAUAUUACCUAGAGAAUUGGUUUAAUUUUUUUUUGUUGGGCCUGCAGGGCAGCAAUCUAUAACCCAUUUUAUCCUGUUUGAGGCUUUCUGUUCAGCCCUGAAAGGCAAACCAUAUUUAUUUUCUUACAACAGAAACCUUGAAUGGUCCAAGUAUAGAGCCCAUAGUUUACAAAAUAAAUCUGGUUUGCCCGUAUAAAUAAUUGCAGCAUGUGUUUUUGGAUUGAAUGCUGGUUCCACAUUUGAUGGCAAAGUGUGUGUGUGUGUGUUUGUGCCUUUUAAUUAUUAAAUUAAUUAUACUUUU